AUGCUAGGUCUCGCAGCUGCGCCAGCUGGAAUAAGAACGAUGUCAGAAGAGAAGUUGGUAUUUUACCGCGAGAUACGUGCAGGCCAUUCAAGUAGCGCAUAUUUCCUGGGAAAGGAGCUGUCCACUAGGCCAAAAAUGUUCCUAUCAUCUUUACAUUUCACCACAUUUUACACCAUCCUUGCGACUCCAGUCGUUCCAUUUGAGGCUUUGCUCUUGCUAAAUACUAUCUACUUUUUCUGUAUCUACGGAAUAGCCUCUCUCGUGGCAUCACUGGUUAGUCGCCAAGACGCAUUGUUGCUGGCAAUGCUCGCAAGUCUGAUAGCCGGCAUCUUCAAUGGUGCCGGGCCGCUCCUUGCGGAGGUCAAGUCGUGGAAUAUGACCUGGUUCUGGUAUAUUUGCCCAAGCAUGCCCCCUAAACAAGAGCUCAAAAAGCAGACCUGGUACUCGGAGGCCUUUUUCAGCGAGCAUACCACGCCAUUCUCGUAUCUGUAUGACGUUCAGGCAUCAGCAAGCUUUGUUGGCUACAUCACUGGCCGGACCCAGUUGGAUUUGGGAAAUCGUUCCAGAUAG